CGAGAAGAAAGAGAAAGACAGAAGACAGGAGGGAGAGAAAGAAAGAAGGAAGCCAUUUUGGUUGAAGGAAGAAGACGAUCGUGGUCGUCUGAGCGUGAGCAGGAAGACGACCCGGGAGGGACGGACGCUGGGACGCUGUGGUUGGACGUCUGAAGACAGAAGACAGGAGGACAGGAGGACAGGAUGAGCUCGGACCGAGUCCCGUCCAAGUCGGAGGUGAUGGGCUGGAGCCCCCAGCAGCUGGCCGACUUCCUGAAGAGGAUGAAUCUGUCAGGAUGCGACAAAACUGUGAUGAAGAAUUCAAUCAACGGCUCCAGGUUUGUGAAUCUGAGCAGCAACGACCUGCAGAAGUUUCCUAAACUACACACUCCGAUGAUUUCCAAGCUCAGCAGUGAGAUCAGCAGGAAGGAGGAGAGACGAGGUUUAUUCUCUAAGAAGGCGACGCCCAAAUUCACGGAGCCAGAGACCCCCGCUGACGUGCAGGGCUGGGACGAGGACGAGUUUGACGACGAAGACUUCGACGAUGACUACGAGAGUCCGACCAGCGGGGGGGCGGACGCCAGCAGCGACGACUACGAGUCACCCAACGACGACGUGGACGGAGACUACGAGCCCCCCCCCUCCGAGCCCCCCGAGGACCCGGCGCACGCCCUGUGCCCCACCCUGCCCAUCGCAGACGGAGAAUACAUCGAUAAAAGGGAUACCCACAUGUCGUCCAAAGGCCCGCCCCCUGCGGUAUGUGCCCGCCCCCCGGUGGUCUCCUCGCUCGCGGCUCCGCCCCCUCGGCCGCCGGGAGAGUCGUCGUCCAGGAGAGACGCCUCCCCCCACUGUGGGGGACGGCCCUCAGGGAAAUUUCCUCCGGCGCCGCCGCAGAUCUUCCGAGCUUCCAAACCCGGACGAGAGUCGAGGGACAACUUCUCCCCCGUCAGAGGACCUGCCUCAGCGGACAGGCCGAGCGCACCGUCCUGGAAGCCUCCGGCGAACGCCCAGGACCCCCCCCCCUGGUCCAAACCUCCCGGUCUCCCCCCCCCCUCCUCCUCCUCCCCGGUCAGCAGGUCAAACUCCUCCCCCCGGCCGCCUCCCACCAGUGUGGUUUGGUUCAACAGGUUUGAUCCAAGAAGAGACCAAACGCAGGAUGAAGCUCCUAAACACAACACCUUCCCCCUUCACAGUAAGAGUCUGCCCCCCCGCCCGGGACUUCCUGCCCCCCCCACACGUCCCGGAGAAAUUGCGCCCCCUAGUGUUCACUCAGCAAGCUCCCUGCCCAGCCAGCUGCACCCAGCAAAGGUCGAACACAGAGGCAGCUUCGUUGGAUCGUUUCGUCCUCCACCAUCACACACACAGGAGCUGGACCCCCGCUGGUACGUGGGUAGAGUCACCAGAGGUCAGGCCGAGGGAAGUCUGAGACAAGUCAGCAAGGACGGAGCCUACCUGGUGAGGGACAGCACCCGGCAGAUGGACAACCAGCCCUUCACCCUGAUGGUCUUCUACCAGGACAAGGUCUACAACAUCCAGAUUCGCCAGCAGAACCAGAACUUCCAGCUGGGGACCGGACUCAAAGUGCAGGAGUCUUUUCCAUCAGUGAGAGAAAUCAUCGCUCAUUACUCUCAGUCUCCUCUGCUCCUCAUCAACGCCAAGAACCGAAGCGCCAGUCAACAGAACCAGUGCCUCCUGUCGGACCCGGCCGGCGGCUACCUGACAGGACAGACCAGGUCCUGACCGGGUCCAGA